AGACUGAAGAAGUCAGAAAGUUCCGAAGUCAGAUGACUUACUGACGUACUGACGGGGCUCCCACAGUAACAAACUUUAGGUCAGCGGCAGCAGCGUUUCCACCGGAGCUGAAUAUUCAAAACCAGACGCAAAUAUGUCUCGGUGUUGUUUUUCUGCUGUGGCGUGGCUACUAGUCGGGCUGACUGUGUGUGGAGGGGGUCAUGCCCUAACCUACAAGGCAACCUUGGACAUGGGAGGAGUGACAGGGGACAUAACGUUCCAAGAGCCGACUGCCUCUACGAGUGUCAACAUCGCUCUGACUGGACUCAGUGGCACGUGGGGGAUGCAGAUUCGUACAUUCCCCGUGGCGUACGACACAGCAGCGCCAUGUUCAAAUCUGGGAGAGUCUUACCAUGAUAUCAGUGCAGCCAUCAAUCCUACUACUACUGUUACAUCAGACCUUAGUGGGAAAACCUUGUCUCACAGAUCUGUGCUUCUGACUGACACCAGUGACAACACCAAUGUCCGCUGUGCCACCAUCCUCCCAGAGGCUGUCACCAUGAAGACUGCCAUAGCCAAGUUUGGUGGCCCUGUCAGUGGAGUUGUCAUGUUUCGUCAGCAGUCAGACGACCCAUCUGCUACAACCAUCAUAAUAUCAAACCUCUUCUAUAGCCAGAACACCGGUUCUGCCGCGGACACCAGUAAUAACUGGGAGGUACGCAGCAGCGCUCCGAGCAGCAGUGGAGACCUGGCGACACGCUGUGCCUCAACAGGCAGCGUCGUUACCGACCUGGGGCAAACCAUGAUUGGAGCCACUAGUGGAAGUGGGAGGAAAUUUGACACGAAGAGCGGUUUGGCCUUGUCUGGUGGAAGUACCAUUGUUGGAAAAUCUCUUAUUCUGAAGGACUCUUCAAACACUGUCCUGGCAUGUGCAGAGAUUUACCAUCUCGAAGCAGUGUCAGUGUCUGCAAGGUUUGACAUGAGUGGGGUGAAAGGUACUAUGGUCUUCUCCCAGAACUCACCGUAUGAGUACACCACCGUCACCAUAAACAUUAACAACAUUGGAGCUAAUGCAAUCAACUACCACGUCCACGAGUACCCAAUCCCAGCUAAGGCAGCUGAUGAGAGCAUGUGCAGUGGAACGUACACUGCAGGGCACCUCAACCCUUUUGGCAAGGUCCCGAGUUCUGACAGCUAUCCUGAUCCCGCUGCAGGUACUGGUGAUCAGUACGAACUUGGUGACUUGAGUGGAAAGUUUGGUAAUUUCAAUGGAAUGGACACUGUGUCUACUGUGAAUACUGACUGGUACCUUCCAUUGUAUGGACGGUACAGUAUUGUUGGUCGAUCAGUUAUAAUCCACGAUACGACUGGUAGUAGAUGGGUGUGUGCAAACAUCGGUUACCCUGGAGAAGUGAUCACAGCGAUGGCAGUGUUCAAGACUCCCAUUGCCGGUCACAUGGUCCUACGGCAGGUUAAAGACAAGCCAUAUUUGGACACCUCGGUGUUCCUUACUGUGUCGUAUAUCGAUGGUACGGCUGGGACUUCAGACCACAGCUGGCAUGUGCACGAGGACUCCCUGGGUUUGGACUACGCCGCUGUGGAAAACAGGUGCUCAAGCACGGCAGGACACUUCAACCCGUAUGCAGUUGACCUUUCAGGGAACUAUGCCUCCCAAUGCAAUGGAAACAAUCCCCUCCGCUGUGAACUUGGCGAUUUGUCUGGCAAACACGGGAAAGUUGACGUGGGCUCGGAAGACAGCAUCAGCAGGAACUUUUACACUGACGUCGAGCUCCCGCUGUCCGGUCCGGAGGCUGUGAUUGGUCGCUCUAUGGUGAUUCACCAGGCAAACUCUGGUGGUGGGAGGCUGGCCUGUGCAAACAUUUUUCAGCUGCCAGCUGUGGAAGUGUCGACUCAGACAUGGCAUGCUCAGGGGGGCGUCAGCAUCUCAGGAACCUUUAGCGUAACCCAGGCAUCUCCGUUUGACUCCACCACCACUGUUAUCGAUGUAACUGGCUUGAGUAAUAAUGCAGAUACGUACCACGUGCACAAGCUCCCUGUACCAUUUGGAGAAGACAACCCGUGCAGUGCAGCGUCUGUUGCCGGACAUUAUAACCCUUUCAACGUCGUCAUUGCCAACAGUCCUGCUAGUGGAAGUGGGACGAGCGACCAGUACGAAAUCGGAGACCUAAGUGGCAAAUAUGGCUCCAUGCAGGGACAGACGGGUUUCUCAGAGACUAAUGAGGAUGGUAACCUUCCCCUGUUUGGGACGUACAGUUCCAUUGGAAGGUCGAUCGUAAUCCACGACAACAGCGGCGGCAGGUGGCACUGUGCAAACCUGACCAGAGUACUGCCUGUGGAUGCCUCCACGGUGUCUGCUAUGGCUGAGUUUGAAGCCAUAAGUCCGGCGGGUGACAAUACCAUCACAGGCAAAAUUGUUCUGACUCAGGUAAUUUAUGCGGAUGGCAGCGGGGGCGACACCACCCUCCAGGUGGACAUCAGGUAUGCCAAGGAUGCCAGCAAACAGACGUCUGACCACAGCUGGCACAUCCAUGAACAGCCCGUGACCGGUGAUGAGAACGCUGUCACGUCUCGAUGUUCCAGCUGCAGAGGACACUUCAACCCUUACAAUGCUGACCUGGGGGGGAACUAUGCCACCCGGUGUAAGCCAGGAAACCCACUGCGCUGUGAGCUGGGAGAUUUGAGCGGGAAACAGGGGAAGUAUGCUGUAGGAGGGGGGCAGCGAGUCUACACUGAUGUGGAUAUUCCACUGUACGGCGAGCUCACAGUUGUGGGCCGUUCCAUUGUGAUACACGAGGCUAAUGGCGGGGGUGGCAGGCUGGGGUGUGGCACUAUCCGCCCCAUGACGCAGACAGCCACCAUUGCUUUCCCACCCAUCGACAACUUUGACUCGACUGACUUCCGAACCACGGUAGCUAACUUGUUGGAGAUCGCGGUGUGGAAAGUUGCCAUCUUUUACGUGCCCAAGACCAACACCAUACGAGAGUGCCAGGAGGUGACAUUCUAUGUCCUUGGCAACAUUGAGCGCAGUAAAGUGGAAGCAUUGGUGUCUGGGAGCCAGGCUAGUGAAUUGGGGAAGUAUGCACCAGGAGACAGCUGCAAGAGCUACGUUGGUACUCCACAAGCUGUUUACUCCUCUGCGACAACCUGGAGUAAAACCAGUGUCCUCUUCACAACACUGCUGCUCGGUACCAUGGGAUGGCUGUUGAGCUGAAUCCUAGAGUAGCCCCCUAGCCCCCUGGAUAUCCCCAGUGCACCCUGGGAUGGCCCACAAUGUGACGUUGACUGCUGUGCUGCUUCAGGAGGCUUGGGAGGAAUCGUCCCCUUGUUGAUAUGUACAUAGUCAUGGAUAUAUCCCCUAAUCGCUACCUCUUUAAUUUACUGGUCUAUAGACAAUUUUGCACAACCAUUUUCACCUGUACAAUAACUCAGACUGUGGAAUGACUGAAAACCUCUAACAAACACACCUCUGGAAGUAGGAUGUAGAAUCUGUGAUCAUAUUGUGAUAAGUGACAAGUGUUUUUAGUGAUGUGAUAAUUGCACCGUAGCAAGGCAACAGAACAAAUAUUACAAACAUUACAAACUUUGUUUAUUGAUAUUGCCUGUAAGACCAGAGGUUUGUGGACCUUAACAGAAAAUUGGUGGUACUUUGGGUUAGUCCUGAGAUUUAGAGCAGGGAUUAGAGUAACAUUAUAUAUAUAUAAUAUAUAUAGUAUAAUUGAUUAUCAUUUCUAUGUGCAGAGGCGGCGGCAGCAAAUUUCUUUUGUGGGGGCAAAAUAUUGGUGAUAGAUUUGUGAGCAUGUGGAGGGCCGAUGUAACUGAUGUAAGUUGCUGCUGUUCUGUACCUCUCCUUCAGCAUUCCUUAAGCUCCACUGUCUUGACUGUAUGGAAUACCUGUAAGUCAGUGCUUGCCUAAAUUUGGGUGUGUUUACUAAAGAAAGAUUGAACUUCUACAUCUCUCGAUUUUGGACCCCAAAAAUCGCAACCUGGCAACAAAAAAAAUGGUUUGAAUGAGAGGCUAGUGCAGGCCCCUUAUUGUUAAAUAAGUGCAAGUUUAGAAAUAAUCUUGUGAUGAGACUAUGGAAAAAUGAGCAAGUGACAAACUUCAUGUUACCGGAUUUUUCCCAGUAUUUUUGCAUUGUAUUACCAAAAGAUGUCAUUCACUUUGUCAAGUUUAUGUGAAAUGAGGAUGUUUUACUAAUAGUAAUAUAAGCCAGAAGUUGUGAAGGGGAGAAUGUUAUCCUGAAGUGUUUGUUUUUAGAGUGGGUGAUUGAUUUGGGCAAAAUUGUUCAAAUUCUAAAGACUAUGUUUCAAGCAUGUGCCUUAUGUAGAAUGAUAAAAUUUCUUGUAGGCUUUUAGGCUUUGACUUUUUCACAUUAGCCAACUACAUCCCAUUCAGGCAAAAGUGACCAGACAGUUUUAAGAUAUGUAAGUAGGGAGGAUAGCAAUGUUUUGCUAGCACAGCCAAUGAUGUACAGUAGAGUACAAUUUGUCAAUUUGAGAAAAUAUCCGUAGUAUUCUGUUACAAGUCAGCAUUAAGAUGGUGAACUUUGUGUGAAAAAGGUUUAUGGAGACCAGAAAAUUUCAAUUUCAUGAAAACGACAAAUUCGUGCAGGGUGAGAAAAUACUUUCUGCCCUCUUGCAUUAUUUUGGUGUCAUCCGUAACAUCAAGCUCAUGUGGCCCUUUGUUUCACCCCCAGCAAGUCCACUUGUGAUAACACAUAUUUAACUUCUCACUUAUACAGGCAGUUAACGUUACAGCAUGUGCCAGUACUUGCACAAUACCUCACAAUCACCAAGUCCUACCACUACUGUUGCCCUGACUACAUGUACAGUGUUGUACAUACAAUUAUCUGCCAACCACAAAUGUGAAUUCUACUACAGUAGCACUGUCACAGGGAUAUACUUUCAAUUUGACUAUAUUUUUUCUCUUGAGAAUCAUGAGAAUUGCGUAUUACUAACAAUGUAGAAGCAUGAUUUUCAGGUAACAUCACACCAGAUCUAGUGUACAUGUGAUGCAAUCACCACCUUUUGUAAUCUCCACAACUUGUCACUUGUUCUGCAUAAAGAAAAUACAACAUCAUAAUCAUACAUAAAUCACUAUCUCCUAAUGAUUUGCUUUAUCAACCCUAGUGAAUCAUAAAUAAUCAAUUCAUGACAAAAAAGAUCUGAUAAUGAUAAUGAAAACUGUACCAUUAACCAACUGUGACGGAUGUUAUCUUAUUGUUAGUUACUAGUUUGCACAUACUUUUUCAGUCUUCCAAUUGACAACAAAGAAUGUUAAGUUAGUAGUACUAGGUCAGUUGGAUAGUUUGGCAUCUUACAUUAUACAUACCAGAACAUUACAAUACACUGUCAACAGCCAGGCAUUUCUGGCCACCUUCUGGCCUAUAGAAGUCACACUACAGUAAACAUAAUCCAUACAAGUCAAUAGGGAAUAUUCCUCACUACUGUGCAAAGACUGGGUAACUGGAUCACAAUCUCUGGCAAAUACUUCAGUCUACUUUACAUGGUCCAGUUCUAACAUUUAAGACAAAAUUUGUUCCCCUACCUAUCAUUAAAUGACCUGGAUGUCAUUGGGUAAGACAUUAGCUUUUCUAAGUACCAUCAUCAUUGUAUUGCUACUUCUCUAUCAUGAAUGAUGUUUCAGUUUGCUACAUUCACCAUAUAACAUACAACUUGCACAUACACAAUGUUUCACUGGUGCAGCAACAGUGUAUAGACAAUACGACUAAGUCUGACAAUCCACAGAUGUACAGCUUACUUAACACUUAACUGUUACAAGUUACCAGAAAAAUGUUCAAUCUGCUAUCCCAAAUCUUGGAAUCUCUACUAAUAUACCAAAGUAACACAAAACAUCAUACAGUGAAAAAAAGUUUUUAACGUAAAGUAUUACUUCUUCUGAA